AUGAAAAUACAGUUGGAAAAUUGGAAUGAUCUAGAAACUGAUCGAUUUUCUGAAUGGGAUAUUUGUGAUGUCCGGCCGGACCUGGGUUUUUGUAAGCAACGUUUGUCAACCGGUUCCACAACAACUGUAGAAGUAAAAGUCAGUAGUAACACGACGUUGUCACCAUCAUCGACGUCACUGCCGUUACCGGCGUCGUCGGAGUUGCCGUCGUCGUCGUCAGAGUUGUCGUCACCGUCGGAGUCGUCAUCGACUUCGUCAUUACCAUUGUUGCCAACUACGGAUGUACCAUUUGAGGAUGAUCUGGAGGGUUCUGGUGGCACUGAUCAACCGGAAUUAACAUCGACGACAGAACAAAGUUCAACAAGCGAUUAUGUGACUGCUGAGAUGCAGGCGUUAGAUCUUUGA